UUUUUUAUUAUAUUCUAAAACUUGCUAGCUAUACAAUAGAUAUGGAAAAUCACUUUUACUUUAAGUAUAAUAACAAAAUGAAACAACUAUAUUGGAAUUUUGCCAAAUUAUAUGAUUUAAUAUAUAGACUUAUGUUUAAUCAUAAUUAUGAAAAUAACCUAUGUAAUUUCUCUUUAAAUAAUAUAUUUAGGCUUUAUAUUCAGUUAUUUCUAAUUAGAGACUAUAAUGAAUGUCAAUUUCUGAUUGACUUAUACAGUUAUACUUACCGUUUAUGUACUUUAUAAUAUAUAUUUAUUUUUAUUUUUCUAUUUUUCUCUUUUUUCUUUUUUUAUUUUUGUUUUAUUUUAUAUGUUUUCAUUUAUUUUAUUAAUAGAUAUAGCUUAUAUAUUUGGAAUUUUAAGUGGAAAAUUGAUAGACUUUUAGUGCUGCUAUCAAUAUAUGUGAAAUUUUAUGUAUAUCUGAUAGAAGGAACUUAUUUUAUAUCUAAAACAUUUUAUAAUAUAAUGUAACUAUAACUUUCUUUCAUUGCUC